CCUGCUUUUUUUUCCGACACACGACUCAAAAAAAAAAAACAAUCGUGUUCUUCUUCUCUUUAGAGCCACAUCAACAACCAUCAUCAAUGGCGUCUCUGCUCGCAAACGGUAUCUCCGGGUUUUCUCCACAACCCACUUCCGAUUCCUCAAAAUCACCAAAAGGGUUCCACCCAAAACCCGAAUCUUUCAAGUUCCCAUCUUCCAAAACCCUAAAUCCGACGAGACCGCUUUUCAAAAUCAGAGCCGAUGUUGGAAUCGACUCUCGUCCCAUCGGAGCUGAGUCCGGUGCGGCUUCUUCAGCAACCGUUAGCUCAACGGAUAAGCUUCAGCAGUAUUUUCAGAAUCUCGAUUACGACAAGAAGUAUGGAUUCGUCGAAGAUAUCGAUUCGUUCACGAUCCCUAAAGGUUUGUCUGAAGAGACGAUUCGAUUGAUUUCGAAAUUGAAAGAGGAACCUGAUUGGAUGCUUGAGUUUAGGUUCAAAGCUUAUGAGAAGUUUCUGAAGCUGGAAGAACCCAAAUGGUCAGAUAAUAGGUAUCCUUCGAUUAAUUUCCAGGAUAUGUGUUAUUACUCUGCUCCUAAAAAGAAACCAACUUUGAAUAGUUUAGAUGAAGCUGAUCCUCAGCUUCUUGAGUAUUUCGAUAAGUUAGGUGUUCCUUUGACUGAGCAGAAACGUUUGGCUAAUGUUGCUGUUGAUGCGGUUCUCGAUAGUGUUUCUAUAGCUACUACUCAUAGGAAGACUCUUGAGAAGUCUGGUGUUAUCUUCUGUUCCAUCUCUGAAGCUAUUAGGGAGUAUCCGGAUUUGAUUAAGAAGUAUUUGGGAAGAGUUGUGCCUAGUGAUGAUAAUUACUACGCCGCUUUGAAUUCUGCGGUUUUCAGCGAUGGGUCUUUCUGUUAUAUACCCAAGAACACCAGAUGCCCUAUGCCUAUUUCGACUUAUUUCCGGAUUAACGCCAUGGAGACUGGUCAGUUCGAGAGGACUUUGAUUGUUGCAGAGGAAGGGAGUUUUGUUGAGUAUUUAGAAGGAUGCACUGCUCCUUCUUAUGACACGAAUCAGCUUCACGCUGCUGUGGUUGAGCUUUAUUGUGGGGAAGGAGCUGAGAUUAAGUACUCUACUGUGCAGAAUUGGUAUGCUGGGGAUGAACAAGGUAAAGGUGGGAUUUACAAUUUUGUCACAAAGCGUGGUCUUUGCGCUGGGGAUCGUGCCAAGAUCUCAUGGACUCAGGUUGAGACUGGGUCGGCGAUAACUUGGAAGUACCCGAGUGUCAUUUUAGAAGGUGAUGAUUCGGUUGGCGAGUUUUACUCUGUCGCGUUGACUAACAACUAUCAGCAAGCUGAUACAGGGACCAAGAUGAUUCACAAAGGCAAAAACACAAAAAGUAGAAUCAUUUCAAAGGGAAUUUCAGCUGGGCAUUCAAGAAACUGCUACCGUGGACUUGUUCAGGUUCAGUCCAGAGCUGAGAAUGCUAAAAACACUUCGACUUGUGACUCAAUGCUUAUCGGUGACAAAGCAGCUGCUAAUACCUAUCCUUACAUCCAGGUAAAGAAUCCAUCGGCGAAAGUAGAGCACGAAGCGAGUACCUCAAAGAUUGGAGAAGACCAGCUUUUCUAUUUCCAGCAGCGAGGAAUCGAUCAUGAGAGAGCCUUAGCGGCGAUGAUCUCUGGAUUCUGCAGAGAUGUUUUCAACAAGCUUCCUGAUGAAUUUGGAGCCGAAGUUAACCAACUUAUGAGCAUCAAGCUUGAAGGAUCAGUGGGUUAAAAAGACAAAUCUCACAUUUACAGAACAGUAAAGAAAAGAAAAACAGAGUCUUUGUGCUUCUCAAUAAAAGCUUUAUUUUCUAGUUUCAGUCUGUAAAACUUUGUAUUAUGUUAAUGUUUUGAUAGUUUCAUGUGAAUCGUGUGAAAGGUGUUGUUAA